GGAGAUUUAACAGCAUCGGUUCUGUCAGCACAGCCGGAUCCAGCCAGAUGAGAAAUAGAGCCUACUCUGAAAUUUCAUUUCAUCAGUUGGGAAUUGGGGUCUCGCCAGUCUUGAAUCCAUGGCUUCCUCAGCGCCACAAAGCACCACAGGCGCACAAAACCCUAAGAAAGCGCUAAGCUUAUUAGCGAACGCAAAGAAGCACAAGAACAGCUUCAUACAGUUCUUCGCGAUGACGGGGAUCUUGCUCCUGAGCGUCAGAUCGUUGGGCCAGAAGUACCGAAUCCACGACCUCCAAGAGGACACGUCGGCUCUGAAAGAGGAGCGAGAAACCCUAACCGAGCGCAUGAAGAACAUCAAGCGCGACCUCCUCCACGAGGCCUCGCGCGAGCCCACUGGCUUCUUCGCUUCCAGGCUUCGCCUUCUCUUCGGCGAGGAAGAUUUGAACGAACCGAAGUGACUGUUGGCAGUCCCUGUGAGUUCUUGAUCUUCGCGUUUUCUGCAUUUAGGGCUUUGUUCUGUGGGUUAUUGAUCGUAAUGUGAUAAUUUUGACCGUAAUUUGGACGUAGAGAAACUUGAAUUUUGAAAAGCUUUGGUGAGGUGUUCUUAUUGUGUGAGA